GUAGCGUCUCAAUAAGAUUAUUUUAACGUAGAAAGUACCCGCCGGAAACUUUUUCCGUAUAUAACUGUGUCCUAUGCAGCAUUCUACCUAGGCUUGUUUUUAUUCACACUUUAGCUAAACCAAAAUACAUACGUAUAUAUAGUUCCGCAAAUGGUGCUCUCCCCAAACAGUCUAUAAAUAGCCCCAUACGAUAAUGCUCAUUUGGCUAUUCAUCUAGGGUGGCAAACCGUCAAUCAUACUUUCUGCAGACAUAUUUUAAAUAAACGUUUCCUAUCAGUUGUGUCGGCGUCGCGCCACUUAAUUCUAGUAAAUGUACGUUGAAGUUUUUAAAGAACACUGAGCACAUGUUCGUAUAGAUUUUUUUUACCGCUCCUGGGCGUGUGGACUUUCCAAUAUUUUCCGAAAGAUGUCAUCCAAUGAAAACGUGUGAAACCUAAAUUCAUCCGAACGACAAUGCUAAUCAGUAGAUUGGUUGCUAUUGAGACAAAGAUAAUUCGAUGCUAGCACAAGGCCCGCUCCGAUCUGAGAGAAUGACGAUUACGUGCGCUAAGUUGGGCAAAAUGUCAGCUGUUAGAACAAGCCACUCAGGCGAUGCCCCAGCGGGUAGCAGCCGGCACCGAAUAUCUCAAAAGAAAGUUCAGGUACGAGCAUGGCCUCGUGAGAAGAAGCUUGAGAAGUUGGCUUUGUAUUCAACUUGUAAUGAGGAGGGGUGUUCAUGUAAUGGCUACAAGAACCCUCAUCAGCCGGUCAGUCAAGGAGCGCAUGGUGGGGCUCAGGUCACGACCGCCACCCUCAUCGAUCCUUGUCGAAGUUGUGAACAUCCGAUGACUCAGCAUGUCACUCAGCUUAGUACUGUUGAAAGUGCCGAGAUUGACAGAUUAUUAUGUACCGUUGUCGAUGUGGAAAACAUGUUUGUCUGCCUCCACAAAGAGGAGGAUGCUGACACUAAACAGGUUUAUCUGUACCUCUUCAAGCUGCUAAGAAACUCUGUCCUUCAGCGAACCCGACCAAUUGUACAGGAGUCUUCGUUGGGAACGCCCCCAUUUGAGUCGCCCUCAAUUGCUAAAGCUGUACACAACCUCACGGCGUAUAAAUUCAGCCACCUGUCACAGAAAGAAGCGAACGCUAUGAAUGAUUUAGCUUUGAUGUUUCUGAAUUGCCUAAACUGUUGGAGGCUCGAAACGCCCGCAAAGCACGCUUUGAAAGUUCAAAGCGGCCAAGCGAGAGCCGAGGAUGAUAUCAGCUAUUAUAGAACUAAUUACAAUCGUUGGCUAUGUUUCUGUCAUGUCCCAGCUUUUUGUGAUUCGCUACCGUAUCACAAACCGACGAACAUUUUUGGGAAAGCUCAUCUGCGGUCAACUUUCCAAACCGUCCGUCGUCAGCUGAUGGACAAAUUAGAAACGGAGAACGAACAUAACCUCAGCGAGAAACGAGAAAUGGUGUUAAGUUAUUUCCCAAAAUUCCUCAGUGCACUUGAACAAGAAGUGUACACUGACUCAUCCCCCAUUUGGGACCCGGAUUUUUCCGGGGUUCCUAACGUGGGAAGUUUUGAGAAACUGAACGUAGCCGCUUUGGCUAGCGCGGUCUCUGCCGAUGGUUAUACCAGCUUAACAUUUGGACCCGAAGCGACUAAACGACGUGGCGCCGACUUGGAUACAGCGAGUUCAGGUGCGCCUCCACCCAGCAAGCGUUUACGAAUUGAAGGUGACUUGCCAAUGGAUCAAGUUUUGCGCGUGCUUGAGGUUGUAACCGAACCUUCAGAGAUGGUGGGUCCAGCAAUCGGCGAAGCUGCUCGAGACGAAGCUGCGCGCAAAGAAGAACGACAAGGCAUUAUUGAGUUUCACGUUAUUGGAAACACUUUACGACCUCCCCCCGAUACGAAAAGUUUAGAAUGGCUAGUUGGCUUGCAGAACGUCUUCUCUCAUCAGCUCCCACGCAUGCCGAAAGAGUACAUUACGCGCUUAGUGUUCGAUCCGAAACAUCGAACGCUGGCAUUGAUAAAAGACAAUAAUGUUAUUGGGGGCAUCUGUUUCCGCAUGUUCCCGUCACAGGGUUUCACCGAGAUCGUGUUUUGUGCGGUAACGUCAAGUGAACAGGUCAAAGGCUACGGUACCCAUCUAAUGAACCACUUGAAAGAUUAUCAUGUAAAACAUAACAUUAACUAUUUCCUAACUUAUGCUGAUGAAUUCGCUACUGGCUAUUUUAAAAAGCAAGGAUUUUCGAAGGAGAUUUCUCUGGCAAAGUCGGCGUAUCUAGGCUACAUCAAGGACUACGAGGGCGCAACAUUAAUGGAAUGUGCUUUAGAUCCCCGCAUUGUAUACACGGAAUUCACCCACGUGAUACGCCAACAGAAGCUAAUGGUUAAAGCGUUGAUAGCGCAACAGCAAAAAACCGUGAGGAGCUAUCCUGGUUUGACGUGUUUCAAAGAUGGAGUGAAGCAUAUUCCAGUGGAGCAGAUUUCCGGCUUAUGUGAAGCUGGUUGGAAGCCCCCUGAGGGCUUCUUUGCUGAGAACGUGGAUUCACAGCUACGCAGCAUUCUGAACCAUAUGAAAGCUUACCCGGCAGCUUGGCCAUUCCUUAAGCCAGUAGAGAAACAUGAGGCUCCUGACUAUCACGAGUACAUCAAGUAUCCCAUGGAUCUGCGCACGAUUAACGAACGACUCAAGAACAAAUACUAUCUUAAUAAGCGUAUCUUUUAUGCAGAUAUGAUGCGCAUAUUCGACAACUGUCGAACUUACAACAGCCCUGAGACUGAGUACUAUCGUUGCGCAAACAGCUGCGAACGAUUUUUCCAGGGUAAAUGGAAGGAAGCGGGCUUUUAUGAGUGACGAGCGAAAAUCACUUUGGAAUGAUUUAUCAGCAAUCGCAAGUGAUUUACACUAUUUUGUACAUAUAUGUACACAACAGUGCACCUUAUGUAGUUUAGCUGGCUAUCUAAUUUAUUCUGUUCGUUGAUGCAACGGUCAAUACGUACGAU